GUAAAUAUGAUGCGUCUCUAUAAAAAUAAAUACAGUGCUUUUGAGAUGCAGAACGGCAGCAACUGUGCAAAAGCCACCACUAUGCAAAGGCACUGUUCUGAUAUAAUCUAUCUAGUAAAUAUUUGAUGAGAGCCGGAAUUAGAAACAUGACUCAAUAUUAUGCAGUGCAUCUGUUUUUAUUAGUAAUUAAAAAUUAUUCACUUCCCAUCAUUAAUAUGUGUGGUGGGUGUGAAAGCGCACAUGUCACUGCUGUUUCAUCAUGAAGUCUUAAGAGAAUAGGGCAUCGGCUUUUGUUACCAGGAAGUGGGUCGCGUUAUUUAUAUUUCAACACUUGGAUGACCGGCGCGAGAGCGCGCGCUGGUAAUACGAAACUUAUUAUAUUGGUCUUUAUACUAUGUGCCGGGAUUGAAUCGCUUGGCCUGAAGUUGUUUUGCCACUAAGGUCGUAUGGACACCCUCGAUAAAUCAACGGAAAGGCACUGACAGAAAGUGUUUUAAAGAUGGAUGCAUAGUAUUUACGUGGCAGUACCUUUGUGGCUGUCUGACAGACUGACAGACUGUGUGAACCGGAUAGCUCGCUCCCUGUGCUCACGCUAGGACACGGCUGCACGCCAGGUGGCGUUGUAAUGAAGAUCCAUGAGAAGAUUCUAACCCAUUACCUGUCCUGCACUUCACCUGUAGAUAAGGAGGGAUACCUCUACAAAAAGAGAGAGAGGAACACCACUUACCUGCGCCGCUGGUUUGUGUUGAAGGGGAAUCUGUUGUUUUAUCAGGAGCGUCCGGGCGAUCGUAACCUGUUGGGUGUGAUUGUUCUUGAGGGCUGCAUGGUGCAGGCAUGUGAGGCGGAUGGUCAGUUCUGUUUCUCUUUGGUGUUCACUGGACCAGGUCUCCGCACUUAUAGACUAGCCGCUGAUGAUCAUAACAGCCAGGAGAGCUGGAUCGGUGCUCUGUUCUGCGCUAGUCACAUCUACCUUUCUAUGAUUGUCAGAGACCUGGAGAGACGUUACGAAGAAGCUAGAAGAGACAAAGGCCUUUGUGAUUCCAUCCAGACCUCUACAGUGACGUCUACACCCAAUAAAAUAAUGGCUUCCUGGAAUACAGGACAACCAUAUUUCAUACAUGGGGCUUCCAUAGUGCCUAGAGAUGGGCGAAGCUACAGCGCUAGUUCAGUACCACCUCCAUCUAUGCCGAACAGACCCAUCAGCUAUAGUCUUCAUGCCCCUCCUAUUCAAUUAAAAACUACCAGUAAGAGAUCUCCAAAGCUCUGGUCCAAGAGAAGUGCCCACGUCACCCCCUUAAAUGGUCCGGCACCAUCUUACGGGGAAUGGCCAGUUGUGGGCUUUGAUCCUUUGGAGGAAUUUAGUAAACUGCAUGAGUACUAUGGAAAUGAGGUUAAGCAACUAAGAGCUGAUUGGCUGAAGAAGAAGCGUGAAGAAGUGGGAUAUGUUGAAGAGGACCUUAUUGAUCUUGGCUAGAGUGACAUCUGGUGGCUUGAGCACAUUCAUAUGCAUUUGUUUAUGUUGUCAGCAAAAUAGUAAAUCCUGUUCUAAAGCAACGGAGUAAUGAAUGUUUUAAGGAUACAGGAAAUGUAUUGCUAUACUAGUAGAAUCCUGCUGUCCGUUUAAUUUUAUGAAGGUGUGUAGAUGAGCACUGACUUCUAAUCUUGAUGGCAUUUCUGGUAAAAGGUUUUUCAUUUCCUCUCUGUGGUCAGCCUAUAUGUCUCAGCCUAGUUCCUUCUUGCUUGAACUGUUAUAAAAAAGACCCAAACCACAAGUCGUUUUACACCCAUCAUUUAUGUGCGGACAUAAAUGCAAAAAUUCAUAUUGCAUUCAAAGCAAUUCAAAUACGGUCAAAUGAGGUCAGAUGUCAUGUUUAGUGAAGUGACUGAUUAUUUGCUUUAUUUAAGACUUCAUGUUAGUUGAAUGCACAAUAAUAAUGAUUACUAUUUAAUUUCUUGUUACAUCUUCUAUAGUAUGCACUGAGGGAGCCUAAAUGAAAGUAAUUGUAUAUGUUAUGAGGUCAGGGUGUGUACUUAAGCAAUAUUCAUCUUUUAUCUGACAGAAGGAUGUAAAUUAACUAAUGUGAUUUUGUAAAGAAGAAGCAACUGUUAAGUUCUGCCUUACAAAACCUGUUUCACACAGUUCAGGAGGUUUCACAAACAAACUGAAAUAAACGCCGUGUCUACUCUUCCUCUUUCACAUCACCUCAAUUCUCUGGGGAUGCAGAUGUGCCUUUUUUUCUCUUAGUUUUUAGUUUAUUUUACGCAUCUGGAGCAGUCAACACAUUAUUUAAUAGUAAUAGGUUUGACAGUCAUUUCAAUAAAUAUAAACUGUACAGUUUGUAUGCGUUAAUCUUUUCAGAGGCGCAGCUCCUUAUAGGGUUACCAGAGGGCACUGCACCUCACCAAUAGUACUACUACCUACUGUAUAUUUAGCCAUGAGAAAACUGAUAUUGUAUUAUAUAAUGCCCUGAAUUAUAUAUAAUUAUAUAUAGAUGAUAGAAGUAAUGUUAGACGUGUUUUAUUGUAUAAAUAUUUUAUAUAUUUCAGUUUCAAUGACUGACAUCCUCAACACAUUGUUUUAAAUUAAUAUAGAUCCAUUUUGUGUUAUAUUUAUUUUGAUGAUAAUUUGUUGACAGAUUAUGAUACAACGUUUUUAUCUAGUAUUAAUCCUCUGAUGUACAUUAUAAUAAAUUCUAUAAAAAAAUAA